AGCAGAUUAUCGGACCGAACCACUGCCGCAGUUCAGGUUUUAGCACCUGUCACGUGACGCUUCACAUUUUUAAGCGAAGCGCCCCGCUUACCGCCGCAGCCAAUCGUCCACUGCACGGCGGAUGUAGCUCGGCCGCUGCUGUCCAGCAGGCUCUGCCUCCGCGCGGCUCUCAUUGGACCGAGCCGCCAAACAGCGCCGACCCCUCCACCACCACCACCAUUGUACAACUGGCAGCAUCACCCACCGCCUGCAAUGGCGUUGGAGCGACUCUACUAUGUCUGAGCGCCUCCGAAGUGGCCAUUCUGUCCGGGACUAUUUGACAAGCAGGACACAGAGAUGUUUUUAUGGAUGAUUUUUUUUUUUCAAAGGCAGCUGCGUCCAUAUUCGUUUCAAGUUUAUGGUUUAUUGAUCCUGUCGCGCGCUCAGCGGAGCUGGAGAGAGAUAUAAUGAAUGUGUGACUGAAGGAUUGGAGUAGGCCCAACCAGGCGUCUUAGUCCCACGUUCUAAUGAGGUCCCAGCGAUGCUGACAUCCCCUCUAAAUCCAAAGACGUCAUCAUGCUGAAGACGGAGGCCUCGGGGGAGAGGACUAGCCUCCGGAGUGCCUCCCCCCACCGUAAUGCCUACCGGGCUGAAUUUCAGGCGCUCAAGAGGGCUUUUGACCAGCCUCGGACUGAUGGAGACUCAAAGCCCAAAGACACUGAGCGGGUGAAACAGCCCAGGGGACGCCAGUAUGGGGCCCAUGUCAGUCGCAUUAAGGACAUGUUCAUGCAGAUGGGCUCGAAAAAUGCGGCAGUCAAGACGAGUGGUCAUGAUGAGUGUUCACCUCAGAAGCUGGUGAAGCCCACCAACUUCAUCAACAAGGCCGAUGGCUCAGUCAUAAAGCUCCAACAUUCUUCAUCAGCUGAGAGGAUUGGAGGCGCCGGGGCAAAGUUCUCAGAGACCAGGAAACUAUUUGAGCAGCAGUCACGGGACCAGUCUCAGUCACCAGUCUUUCCUUACGGACGUGACAAACGGGGUUCUCAUGAGCACCUCGAUGACUGGCGAGGGGCGAGGUCCAACAGAGGCAGCACAGACUCUUUGGACUCCCUGUGCUCCAGAACAGAAGCAUCCUCGCCAACUGUCAGUCAGCUCAGUGCUGUUUUUGAAAACGCUGACCACCACAAUCAGGGCGCUCCCUAUAAAGGAGUCACCAGACGAGCCCUCUACUCUCCUGAUGGAUCCUCCCGACAGGGAGGGGAUCUCAGUGAGGAUGAGUCGCGACAAUCGCCAGUUCGUGGAACCUACCGAAACAAGACAGGAGGCAAGUUUCCUGCAUCUUCGUCCUCUGAGGACCUCUUGAGCCCGAGUCCUGGGGCAGAGAUUUCAGAGCCCCAAAAAGAAGCUCCACACGAUGGAAAGGUUCACAWUGAAGAUGAGGAGGUAUCCAGACAGCAUUUGUCUGGGGUCACCACCAAUGAAAGUCAGGUUAAUGGCUCCUGUGAAGAAGAAGAUGAGAAACACUCAGACCACCUAAAACAUACAGAGGAUCUAGAAGUUACCAAAGACUCAAAACAUACACAUGGUGCUGCAAUUACCAACAAAAGUAUUGAUGAUGCUAAUCACGAGUCCUCAACAACCCCACAACCCGGGGAAAGCAACGAUGACACGGACGCUCCAAAGUUCUCAGAGUCUUCCAAGGACCAGACCGAAGACCUGGAGGACGAGUACACUAGAAACGAGCGAGUGAUUUUUAACGCAGACGGGGACGCCUGUUACCAGGGUUGGGGGGAGAGCUGCACAGAUCCUGAAGACGACCUCUACGGUGAUGACGAGGAUAUUGUCUAUGAUCCAGGCUCAGAUCUGACUGAGAUUCCAGGUCUACCAGAGGAAAACAAGGAUGACAUCCCCCCAAAAAGGAAGAUACGCUUUAGCACCUCUCCCAUUACAGUUUUCAACACUUAUUCCAACGAGGACUACGACCGGCGUAAUGAGGAAGUGGAUCCUGUGGCCUCCUCUGCUGAGUACGAACUGGAGAAGAGGGUGGAGAAACUGGAGCUCUUCCCUGUGGAACUGGAGAAAGARGAAGACGGUCUGGGGAUCAGCAUCAUCGGAAUGGGUGUCGGCGCCGACGCCGGCCUGGAGAAACUGGGCAUCUUUGUCAAGACCGUCAUCGAGGGAGGAGCUGCUGAGAGAGACGACAGGAUCAAGGUGAACGACCAGAUCGUGGAGGUGGACGGGACCAGCCUGGUGGGCGUCACUCAGAGCUUUGCUGCCUCCGUCCUCAGGAAUACAUCAGGAGUGGUUCGGUUUUUGAUUGGCCGAGAGCGCCCGGGUCAGCAGAGUGAAGUGGCCGCACUCAUCCAGCAGACCCUGGAGCAGGAGAGGAGACAGCGAGAGCUCCUGGAGCAGCAGUACGCCCACUACGAUGCUGAUGACGAUGAG